AAAAAAUCGAUAAGCAACACUUUUGCCUCUAUUUGCAUUCAUAUUCUGUGGAUUGAUUCUUCGAAGCACUAAUCGAUCUGUAGGAUUUUUUUUUGUUAACAAAUUUUGUGGAUCGAGUUAUAAUUUGUUUCUCUGUAUAGAUAAGUUUACCCACCCGAUUCUUUUGAAUAUGACCGAUUCUAGGAAGGGAGAUGCCAGAGACGAUCACCAUGAAAACGAGGAUGUAUCCAAUUCGUCUUCCACCAUCGAUGCCGCUGCAUCCGAGACGAGGAGGAUCGAAAGUAGUAAUAGUGUUUCGGAUCCUAUUGAUGACUUAGUGCUUGGGGAGGAUAUGGUUUUGAGGUGGUUACAGGCUUUGGAUAUGCAAGUCCUUGGAGCUUGUAGAGGCGACGAGAGAUUGAAGCCGUUGUUGAAGAUGAACGUAUCUAACGGAUUGGCUGAAGAUCGAUUCCUCGCUCAUCUUACUCAGCACUUUGAGCCGGGUGAGAUUGGGAUGUUGGCGAGAUGUUUUUGUAUACCUUUGGUUAGAGUGCGUGUUGGGAAGAUCACCAAGGAAGAGACUUUAAUGCGACCAACUAACAUAAGGGGUACACUGAGCCUUAUGAUCUUGCCAACAUCGGACUUGCGACUUUCUUUUAUCGGAGACAAUGGCCACUCAGAACAACUCUUUACCUACAACAGCAAAUCUCAGUGCUCUGCGGUGUCAAUUGAGGAGAUAAAUGCAGACAGCUCUGGUAGAUCUUUUCUUAUAAGGAUCGAAGAUGGCAAUGCUUUUUACUACUGGUGCUCAGAGAAGUCAAAACUUCUGGGAGCUGAGUUGUGUAGGAAGAUGAAAGACCUGAUCAAGAAGAAGCCUUCUAUCUCUGAACUAACUGGAAUUGAAGCAUCGCGUCUUGGCUCUGUUGCUUCUCAUCUCCGUUUGUACCUCACGGGUUCAGUGGUGCCUAACAUCAAAGGUCGUCUGGUCCCAACUCCUGAUUCAUCGUUUUCCUCUGGCUCUGCUGAAACAACUGCUUCCACCUCCUCGAAUGCAUCAUCAAAAUCUCGUCAAGCACGUCAUUUGGAGACUCAACUGUCAAAGUCUCAAGGAAGCCUCAGCCAUAGAUCAAGCUCCUUUGAAGAAAACACACUGAGAAACUCUUCAAAUCUACAUAGUGAAGCCUAUUUCUCAAUCUUUGAUAAUUUACCCACCACCACCAAUGUGGAGGGUUUUAUCCAGUCAGAAGGAGAAGGCGAAUCACCUCCAUUUAUCGCUUCUGAAGCUGCAGAGUUAGCACCAAGCACAAUGACCUUGCCGCCCCAGUUUCCUUUGAAGAUGGGUCCACCAGUCCUCUCUCCAUAUUACUGCUGGUGCCCUCCAAGCACCUCAUCUGCUUCUUAUCAGUUCCCUCCACUACCCAUCGAGCUACCUUUACUUCCACCACUUUCCUCCUUGUUACCAUCAUCAGGAUCAGAUGGGUUCUUGAUUCCGUCAUCCCCCCUGGAUCUCUCUGACAUCCCUCAGUUACCGUUAGUCCACGCAUCUUCAUCAUCCUCCCAGCAGAUGAUGCUUCCUAUAAUGUGCGACCCUAUCGUUCAUAUUCCGGUUAUGGAUAUAUGCUCAUCAGGUCAAGCUUAUCUGGUAAGCGCUGGACCUACGAGGAUGAUACCUACAGGCAUCCCUCCACUCCCUGUGGAGAAGAAAGACUCGUUGGUGGAGAAAAGAGCUAGAGAGACACUGCGUUUGCUCAUAAGUGGAGCCAAUGCAACAACCUCUACUCCUUUGAACCAUCACGGAAGCAGAGGUCUGUACAGUGGGACCCGAGAGGUGAGUAGUGUGAGCUUGUUUGCACCCAUAAGAAUGCAACAGCCGAGUGGAGGUGAAGGAGGAGAUGGCGGUGGCGAGAUUGUGAGCUCAGGCGAAGCUGUACUACCUGUGCCUCCCAGAGAGACUUCUGGUUAG